CCACCACCACCACCACCGUCUUCUUCCUCCACAGCUUGUAAAUCCACAUUGUAUCCAAAACUAUGCCGUUCCAUUCUCUCAACUAUACGUUCCUCACCUUCAGAUCCCUACCACUUGGGAAAGUUCUCUAUUAAGCAAAGCCUCAAACAAGCCAAGAAAUUGGCCAAAGUGUUUGAGAACUUCCUCAAAAGGACUCACUCUUCUUAUCUCAACCACGCUGAGGUUGCAGCACUAGAAGAUUGCAAUGAGCUCAACCAGCUCAACGUUGAUUACUUGGAGUCACUCUCGGAGGAACUGAAAUCUUUAGAUUCAUCCAACACAGAGUUGGUGGAAAAUAUUGAAACGUAUCUGAGUGCUGUGGCCACUAACCACUACACUUGCUAUGAUGGAUUGGUGGUGACCAAAAGCAACAUUGCUAAUGCACUUGCGUUACCUCUCAACAAUGUUACACAAUUCUAUAGUGUGUCACUUGGCUUGGUCAUGCAGGUUCUCAACAAAAACCUCAAGAAACAUAAGACCCGCAAACGUUGUCUUCCCACCAAGGCUCACAAGGUUAGACAGCCGCUUGAAAAGCUCAUUAAGCUUCUUCGAACAAAGUAUAGUUGCAAAAUAUCAACCGAUUGUCCUAGAAGUGAAAGGAUUCUUAAAGAAAGUGAAAGCAAAGGAAUUCUACUGAACGACUUUGUGACUGUGAGUCUUGAUGGCACAGACAACUUCAUUUCCAUUGGAGAUGCUAUUGCUGCUGCACCCAAUAAUUUAAAGUCAGAAGAUGGCUAUUUUCUUAUCUAUGCAAGAAAGGGAUACUAUGAGGAAUAUGUCACUGUACCCAAACGAAAGAAGAAUAUCUUGCUUAUUGGUGAUGGUAUCAACAAGACAUGCAUCACAGGAAAUCAUAGUGUCAUUGAUGGCUGGACAACUUUCAAUUCCUCAACCUUUUCUGUCUCUGGACAAAGAUUUAUUGCAGUGGAUAUUACAUUCAGAAACACAGCAGGACCUGAGAAGCACCAAGCAGUGGCAGUGAGGAACAAUGCUGAUCUCUCCACAUUCUAUCGAUGCAGUUUUGAAGGAUACCAAGACACUCUUUAUGUUCACUCUCUCAGGCAAUUCUAUAAGGAAUGUGAUAUCUAUGGUACUGUGGAUUUCAUUUUUGGCAAUGCUGCUGUGGUCUUUCAGAGUUGCAACAUCUAUGCCAGAAAACCAUUGCCAAACCAGAAAAACACUGUCACAGCACAAGGGAGAACUGAUCCAAGCCAAAACACUGGAAUUUCAAUACAAAAUUGCAGGAUCGAUGCUGCACCAGACUUGGCUGAGGACUUAAAUUUAACAGAAAAUUACUUAGGUAGGCCAUGGAAAAAGUAUUCAAGAACUGUGUAUAUGGAGUCAUAUAUUGGAGAUUUAAUUGAUCCUUCUGGAUGGUUAGAGUGGAAUGGCACAACUGGGUUAGACACCCUCUUUUAUGGUGAGUUCAACAACUAUGGACCUGGUGCUAAUACCAGCAAAAGGGUAAAAUGGCGUGGUUACAAUUUGUUGAAUGCUACUCAAGCUUGGAACUUUACUGUUCUUAAUUUUACCAUGGGGAAUACAUGGCUUCCGGAUACAGAUAUACCCUACUCUGGAGGACUAUAUUAG